AUGCCGGAGAGCUAUGCUAAGAAGGCAAACUACAAAUUCCUCACUAUCCUCGGUGAAGGUACGUUUGGCGAAGUCAAAAAGGCUGUCUGGAAGCGUCCAAAGUCCCAUUCGUCCAACGAUUCGCACGCCGACAAGGAGCAGGCUGCCAAGGGCGAGCAUCAACCCUCGAAAGAGGCCGACGAGGGCUACGAGGAGAUCGAAGUCGCUGUAAAGUGUAUCAAGAAGAAGAUCGUCCGCGGCCAAGAAUCGAUCGUCUACGAUGAGAUGGAUGUCCUCAAAGGCCUCAAUCAUCCCAAUAUCGUCAAGCUAUACGACUGGUUCGAGUCAAAGGAUAAAUACUACCUCACUUUUGAGAUUGCCAGCGGUGGCGAACUGUUUGAUCGCAUCUGCGAAAAGGGCAAGUUCACCGAGAAGGACGCCAUCAGCUGCAUCAAAGCCACUCUCGCCGGUGUCGCUUAUCUGCAUUCUCAUCAGAUCGUCCACCGUGACCUGAAGCCAGAGAACUUGCUCUACCGCACACGCGCACCCGACUCCUCGCUCGUCAUUGCCGACUUUGGCAUCGCAAAGCAUCUGCACAGCGAAGAGGAAGUGCUCACGACCGUCUGUGGCAGUCCAGGCUAUGCUGCGCCCGAAGUCCUCAACAAGGUCGGCCACGGCAAGGCCGUCGAUCUCUGGUCAAUCGGUGUGAUCACUUACACCCUUCUCUGCGGCUACACACCGUUCCGCGCGACGGAUCGACAAGAGCUGCUCGAGGAAACUACCCGUGCCAAGGUUGAAUUCCACGCGCGCUACUGGAAGAACGUCAGCGAUGAAGCCAAGGAUUUCAUCAUGUGUCUCAUCAAGCCUGAUCCGAAAGAUCGCUAUACGGCCGACCAAGUUCUGAAGCACAAGUGGCUCAAUGAGCACAGCCCUUCGGACGAACACGAUCUUUCCCAUGGUCUACGCGAGAACUGGAAUGCCAGAAGGACGUGGCGCUCGACCAUUUCUGCCGUCACCGCCACUCAGCGCCUGCAACGAGGGGCCACCAAGGCAUCAGACGCGACCGCCCUCCCAGAGUCGGAGGAAGAUCCGGCUCCGGCAAGGGGCGACAAAGAAGUCGAUGAUCUGCGCAAGAAAGUUUCGUCUGUCGAAGUCUAGUCCAUCCGUCCGUCCAGGUCCAACAUAACCCUGUAUCCAGUCGCUUGCAUGUCUGCUUGUCAUUGCUCGCUCCUCUUCGUCGCUACGUUUCAGCAUGAGUGCACUCCUCCUCUCGUAGCUGACCGCGACACACUCUUCCAGCUAGCCUGUCCGGCAUGCCGAUGCUCCUGCCUUCAGGCUGGCUCCUCAUCGCCAACUUCAUUCUUAUCGUGUUUGCCCAGUCUGGCGGCGACGAGUGGCGACUCUAUCCAGUCUAUUC